UCAGAGGAUUCUGUCAGAACAAAGGAUUCAGCAGAGCCUUUAAGGAAACCUCAGAAUCUGCAUCUGCAUUCAGCAUUCAGCACGUCAGUGAGCAGACAGCGACCGUGAAGCUAAACUGGACAGAGAAAAAGGACCUGUUACCCUGGAAAAGGAUCAUUCUCCAAAGAAAGACCUGAUAAUGGAUACCCAUACAAAGAUACCCAUAAACUCAAAGGACAACUCAGUCCAACACUUUGAUUUUGGGAUACCUAUGAUGUGCACCCAGCAGGCUGUAAGUAACAGCUCCCAGUCCAGACCGCCAGUCGUGAUGCCCAAGUUGCAAAAGAAGAGUCUGAAGCAAGAUGUGACCCCUGCACCACAAACACAGGUGUACAUAAAACCAGAAGAAGAAAGGUCAGUGCAUCACUUUGAUUUUGGGAUUCCUGUGAAGUACAUCCAGCAGGCUGUAAGUAACAGCUCCCAGCCCAGACCAUCAGUCGUGAUGCCCAAGCUGAAAAUGCCUCCCCAAGUGAAUCAAGUCAAGGCUGCUGCUGGUCCCAGACCCCGGCCUGUCUCGGCUAAAGAACCACAGCCGUCUACACCCUCUGUUGCUGGAACCUCUGACUCAGGGAGAGGAAAAAUCAUGGGCAAAAAGGGAGCAGAGAGUGCACGGCUAGAAGCACAAAAGGCUGUCUUGCUGCAAGAAAAAGAGAAAUUGAAAGCAGUGCUUGAAACUGUCAAUGUCCAGAUAGAAAUGGGAAAGGCACUGCUUUAUAAACAAAAGAUCAACACAGCUGGUUCACUCAAAAUUGAACAGCUGGAAGCAGCAGCCAAUGAUGAAAAACAACAGAACAUUCAGACCGAGAGGCUCUUAGCAGAACAGCUUGCAGAAACUAAGAGACUGAAGGAAGAGCUGGCCAAGGCACAGAAAAAACUUGAGGAGGAAAAACUUCAGAGGGAGGAGGACGUGUCACGUCUUCAGGCUGAGCACAUCAAAAUAACAUCCAUGAUGAAAGCAGCAGCAACCAAGGCCCAGGAAGACCUGGAAAAUGAGCGGUCACAGUGGCUCCAGGAAAGGUCCACCAUCCAGUCAGCUCUGAAAUCCCUAAAGGAGUCCAUUGAUGAGACUAUGGAAGAAAAAGAUAAAUUCAUUACUGACGUAAUGAAUCAAGUCCAUCAAUUAGAGCAGACUCAAGAGGAGGCUCAGAAAAAGCUGAAGAAGAGAUCUCUGAGGAAGAGAUUUAUGCAACUGUUUAAAAGAUCCUGAAGGACCACUGUUGUAAUCUCCAACCUCAAUCCUGUAAAUUUCUCUUCCACCAAAGAACAACAAACUAACAACUAGCCCCAAACGGUCGCGGCAGAUGACCACCCCUCCCUGAGCCUGGUUCUGCCGGAGGUUUCUUCCUGUAAAAAGGGAGUUUUUCCUUCCCACCGUCGCCAAGUGCUUGCUCAUAGGGGGUUGUUUUGACU